AUGUCUGCUCCUAUUUUCGACCCCACCCCUGAGGACAUUCAGAACCUCCUGGCUGCCCAGACCCACAUUGGUUCCAAGAACGUUCAGGUCCAAAACAUCCCUUACGUUUUCAAGCAGCGAGCCGACGGUGUCAACAUCAUCAACGUUGGCAAGACCUGGGAGAAGAUCCAGCUGGCUGCCCGAAUCAUCGCCGCCGUCCCCAACCCCGCCGAUGUCGUUGCCAUCUCCGCCCGAACCUACGGACAGCGAGCCGUUCUCAAGUUCGCCAACCACUGUGGCGCCACCGCCAUUGCCGGCCGAUUCACCCCCGGUUCUUUCACCAACUACAUCACCCGAUCUUUCAAGGAGCCCCGACUUCUGAUUGUCACCGAUCCCCGAACCGACCACCAGGCCAUCAAGGAGGCUUCUUACGUCAACAUCCCCGUCAUUGCUCUGGUUGACACCGACUCUCCCGUCGAGUUUGUCGACGUUGCCAUUCCCUGCAACAACAAGGGCCGACACUCCGUCGGUCUUGUGUGGUGGAUGAUCUCUCGAGAGGUUCUGCGACUCCGAGGUGCCCUUGAGGAUCGAAACACCGAGUGGUCCGUCAUGCCCGAUCUCUACUUCUACCGAGAUCCCGAAGAGCCCGAGAACACUGAGGAGGCUGCUGAGGAGGCUGCCACCGAGGAGGUUGUCGAGACCGCCGCCGCUGAGGCUGCUGCCGCCACCAACGCCGACAACUGGGACGUUGCUCCCGAUGCCGGAGCCGGUGCUGCCGACUGGGCUGCCACUGACGACUGGUCCGAGUCUGCCCCCGCCCCCGUUGCUGCUUAA